CCAAUAUUUUUCAUUUCCCAACACAACAACAUCGUCUCUCACUCUCUCUCUAUCCAACAAAACGAACAACAUAAACAUUUUUUUGCUAACGCAGUGAAACUCAAAAACACUAGCUAGUUAACACUCUCUAUGGCUGGUGCCCAAUUCCUGAAUCUCUUCAACUCCUCUUCACGAUCUUCCUUGGUCAAGCCCUCUAGGCCACUUCUCUACAACCCCAUUAAGAAUUAUGGGCAAGCAAGCAAAGGAAAGCAUAGCCGUUUGAUGGAAGAGAGGGCACCUUCCACAGCUGAAGAAUUUGAGAGGGUUGCCGAGGAGAAGGCCAAGGAAGCUCAAAAGGGGGUGGCAAGUCAGAGUCUUGGCAAGGCAAUUGAUGGUGCAGAAGAGGCUUCAAUAGGUAAGUCAAAGGUUGAAUCAGUUAAGAAUAGGUACAAAGGGCAUGAAUGAAAGCAGGGUUUGGUUACCACAGGAGGGGGUGAUUAUUAUAUAUAUAGGAACCUUUUGUGCUAGCUGACUUGAAACUGUGACAUAUAUAGCUGUUGUAUAUGCAGCCAGAGAAUAAGGGAGUGUCUUGUAUUUCCAAAAAGCUUGUUUAAUUGCCAGUGUUUUUGAAGCAGAAAGAGACCAAACAAUUGAAAACUUUUAGUCUGUUUAGUUAAUUCGUGUCGGCUCAUUGGAUCUUGGAAAGUUCUAUGUAACUAAUUUGGAAUUCUGGGUUUGGGGGGUGCUUAAGCUUCAUUAUUUUGGUUGAAUGAUUGAGAUAUCAUUAGGCUUUA